UAGAAAUCCCAGGACCAAGGUCCAACUAGACUGGAGAAAGUAACUCAACGUGAAACUACUUUAAACAAACAGGCAUUCAGUGGAGUGUUGCUUCAAAUUAUUAUUUUGUAUUUAUUUUUUGAUUGUUCUGAAAUCACUUUCACUGGAUUAUGAAUAAUGGCAUCUGUGAUCUGCUUGACUGUACUGACAAUAGCCGUCAUCACACAGGUGACCGCUGGCUGCCCAGCAGUGUGUGAGUGCCCUGCAGGGCCCCUCGCCUGCCCUCCGGGUGUGAGCGCCGUGUCAGACGGAUGCGGCUGCUGCAAGGUGUGUGCUGCACAGCUGAACCAGGACUGCAGCUCCAUGAGGCCGUGUGACCAUCACAAAGGGCUGGAGUGUAAUUAUGGCAAUGAUGUAACCAUGACCUGGGGCAUCUGUCGAGCUAAAUCUGAGGGACGAUCAUGCGAGUACAAUGGAGGCAUCUACCAGAAUGGUGAGAGCUUCAGUGCUGGCUGUAAACACCAGUGUACCUGCAUUGACGGCGCUGUUGGCUGUGCUCCGCUCUGCCACAACACUCUGCCGCCGGCUUCACCGUCCUGCCCUUAUCCACGGCUGGUCAGGAUACCUGGCCAGUGCUGCUUCAGUGUGGACUGUCAUCAGGGCACCUGGCACCUCCCACCUAAGCAUCAGGUUCCUCCACUACAGCACCACCUGCCCGGAGCUGAGCUCUACCCAGCUGCACGCCAACCUGAGAACAAGUUGCUUCUGACCAACGAGCUUGCAGAUGUUAAGCUUAGAGGUUGGGAGAGUGAACACGGCUACAAACAUGUGCGCGUGUGGAAUCAUGUGAAGGAAAUGAAGUGCCAGGUGCAGACCACAAACUGGUCCCCGUGCUCCCGCAGCUGCGGGACGGGCAUUUCAUCUCGAGUCACCAACAGGAACCCUCGGUGUAAGCUGGAGAGAGAGACGAGGAUCUGCACCGUCAGGCCGUGCCAAGGCCUGGCCGUUAAAGCCAAGAGAGGAAAGAAGUGUUCCCUCACCCAGAAAGCGCCUGAGCCCAUCCGGCUUUCCUACGGUGAAUGUGCGAGUGUCCGCCUCUACCGGCCCAACUACUGCAGUGUGUGCACAAAUGGACGAUGCUGCUCGCCACGCCACACGCGCACUGUACCUGUGACCUUUGUUUGCCCAGACGGAGAGCGCUUUCAAAAGUCUGCCAUGUUUAUCCUGUCAUGUAAAUGCAGUAACAACUGUGGCCACCUCAAUGAAGUGGCCCUCCCUCCACAGCACUGGAUGUAUGGAGACACACACAAGUACAUAGACUAGUCCUGAGGCCGCUUAUGUAAUUUGAUUAGAAUGUGAUCAGGUCAACUUUCUUGAUGAAGGAAGACGCUUCAAGACGAGGAGUCUUUUUCUUUUUAAAGAAAUCUGGCUCCAAGUGAGUGAAGACCACAGGCACCUGCCUGAAUACAAAGACUGUGUGGAAGUGGCAACCUUUAAUAUAAAAAGUGUGACCAGAGUGGAACAGACGUGGGACCUAAACUAGAGCCCUGAAGCACACCUGGACCCUUCUCAUUGGACCGAGAGCUGGUUCAGGUGUUGGAGUAUUUUUUUUUUUUUUUUUUUUGGAAACAC